AUGAAUGGAAUAUCGACACCAGCCCAUCAUCAAAAACAGUCAUACAGGCAUGACAAGGCACCUGGUGCAGAUGGUAUGUAUCCCGCACUUUUUAAAGAAGACGGCGGUGAACACUUUGUCAUCCAUACUGCAGAAGACUGGGAAAGAAAACAGAAGAGCAGUCGAAUAAACACCACUUGUAGUGGGUCAGUCGGUGAAGAUCGCAAAUCGAUACCGAAAUCUGGUCACUUAAUCCAUCACGAUCAACCGAAACGAAUUGCUGAUCCGGUGUUCCCACCAGAUUCGGGCAAUGCUCCGAAGACAUCGAUGGUCAAACACUCAAAGUCUUUUGACGUCCUCAGCGCGUAG